CAAGGAUCACGGCGGGCUCCUCCUUCUCCCCACGCCGGACUGCAGAAACGAAAGCGAAGCGUCCGGCCCAGCGCCCCGAAAUGCCCGGCAGCCCCGAAGCCCCCCGAACCUCCGGACCCCAAGAAGAUGGCCCUGCUGCCAAGGAGCCGGGGACCGCACCCGGACCCUCGCGGUGCCCCACUCCCUCUGGGCUAUUGGGGGAGGGCGACUUCCAGUUCCUGCUGUGCGAGGGCUGCAAGCAGGAAUCGCUCAACCUGAAGCUGCUCACCUGCCUGCACACGCUGUGCCUGGGCUGCCUGAGAGAAAACAAACCUAUAGGGCAGUGCCCCGUGUGCCAGACGCCCAUCCCGCAGCCUGAUGGCAUCCCCGAUGUGGACAACGUGCUGUUCAGCAGCCUGCAGGCCCGCCUGCGUAUCUACAGGCGGAUCAGCAGCGGGGGGCUGAGCUGCUGCCGGUGCCGGCGGGAGGCGGCGGCCAUGUGGUGCUCAGAGUGCGAGGAGUUCCUGUGCCCGGGCUGCUUUGAGGACCAUCAGUGGUUCUUUAAGAAGAGGAGCCACGAAGCCAGGAAGGUGGAGGAGCUGAGAGCCGAGUCGGCGCAUCGCUUCCUGGAGGGCACCAAGAAAUCGUGCAGCCUCUUCUGCUCCAGCCCCAGGCACACGGAGCAGGGCCACGUCACCAGCAUCUUCUGCAGGAAGUGCGAGAAGCCGCUGUGCUGCUCCUGCGCGCUGCUGGAUGCCCAGCACUCCUCUUUCUACUGCGACAUCCGCACAGAGAUCCAGCGGCAGCAGGACGAGCUGGCAGAGCUGGGGCAGGAGCUGGCGCAGCAGCGGGGCGGCUUCGAGGCGUCGCGUGCAGCGCUGCAGGAGAAGGCGGCGCAGCUGGAGGCGGCGGGGCACGGGGUGCGGGAGCUGGUGAGGCAGCGCGUGGAGCAGCUGGUGAGGCUGAUCCGGCGCGAGGAGGAGGAGCUGCUGGCCACGGUGGGGAGGAAGCAGGAGAAGGGCCAUAAGGAGCUGGAGAAGGAGCUGUGGCGCGUGGAGGCCGUGCUGCGGAGGAUGGAGGCGGGCGAGAGGCUGGUGGAGAAGAUGGGCCUCUAUGCCACGGAGCAGGAGGUGAUGGACAUGCAG